CAGCGCUAUCCAUAUCCACUGCUACCAGCAACAUUGCUAUUCGCCGUCUUCCCUAUUGGCCUAGCUUAAGAAAUAGAAGAAAUAAAAUAGAAAGAAAAGAAAGACGCAAACGGACAAGAAGCACUAGGCCACGCCAAAGACAUUACGCGGUAACGACAAGUUCAGAUGCAUAGGCGCUGGCGGCGUUGAUCAGAACUUGUCGGGGUAGAAAACAACGGGUGAUAAAGUUUGACUCGAAUUUAUUUCGAGUGUUUAUAAGAACUUGCUCGCGGUGGUUAGAGACGAGAACGGUUUCGGUUGCGAAUCCAGUUUAACUUUGCCGUACUAUCAGCAAUUAGAGGGCGACUUGUCGACGGACAAAAACAAUCAUUUAACCUAGCACAGAGUGGACCUUUCAACGAGGAAGAAACACCCUAAACAAACUGUUCUAAUAAUCGAAUCAUCUUGGUCAUCAUAGCGGACCUCAGUGAUUUCUAAUACAUAUACACAGAUACACAUAUCGUGAACGAGUCUGUAGCAGGAAAAUAGUGAAAAUCCAAAACAACUCGUUCUUCAUCAGGUUCGGUUGAACUAGGUGACUGUACGAAACACUUUAUCAAGCACCUGUGGUCAUUGGCUACAACUCAUCAGUGCUUCAACCACCACAACAACAACAAAGAGAAGGCCAGCAGACAAGAUGAAUAGAGUCAACGGAAAGAUUGCGCUUGUUGCCAUAGCGGGCGCAGCUAUAGGUGUCAUGAUGAUCCCACUGGUGGGCGGAGCGUACCUUGUCAACCUUGAUAGGUUGAUGGAACGUGGAGGUGGACCUCUGCCAUCCCAUAUGCCAGCUAGUAGCAACGUUAAGCGUGAAGUUGACACGGAGAGAUGCCACCCGACGCAGCCGUUCCGCUGUCCAGGCAAGGGCACAGUUUGUAUCAGUAUUCAGUAUCUCUGCGAUGGGGCUCCGGACUGCCCUGACGGCUAUGACGAACAUGCCGCCCUAUGCACCGCAGCGAAGCGACCGCCAGUUGAAGAAACAGCUUCGUUUAUGCAAAGUCUGCUGGCUAGACAUGGACCCAAUUAUCUUGAGAAGCUGUUCGGCCCCAAGGCACGCGGUGCCCUUGCUCCACUUGGCGGCGUUCAACGAGUGGCUGUCGCCCUUUCCGAGAGCGAGACUCUGGAUGACUUUGGAAAGGCUUUGCAUUUGAUGCGCGGGGAUCUAGAGCAUCUUCGUAAUGUGUUUAUGGCCGUCGAGACGGGAGACACUUCCCUGCUCAGGGCUCUGGGCUUCCGUGAUUCGGAGCUGAUGGAUAUGAAGUCUUUCCUCGACCGGCUAGCGUCCACCGGAUUCAUGGAGUAAAAGCACUCCAUGAAUAUGUAUUUCCAAGCUACACUAUUCAGAAGCAGUGUCCACAUAUACACAGCAAUAGGCCGGUACAUAUAUGUACCGUUUAGAAACUGAAACUCACAAGGACAUCAUCAAUCUGUGACAAUCAGCAAGUUUCAGUUACUCGAAAUAGAUCAGUUAAUCAAUCGUAUUAUUAUCAGAGAUAGAUCGCUAAGAUCGAUUAAUCGGAGACGAAGCUAACAGUAGCUACCGCCUAAGUCGACAGCAACUGCAAGGAACAAUUUGACAUAUAGACAGAAUGAGUAGGGAACAACACGUAAAGCUCAACUCGUUUAAGACUAGAUCCAUUUGGGUGGCGGCGAAAACCAGCCCGACAAAGAAGAAUGGAAGUUUCGCUUUGAAGUGCGAGCUAUAUAAAACGCUGACACAGGAAAGCGAUUGUGAAGGCAAUACACACAAUAAACAUCAAAAUAGUUAGGUACGUAAUAUAUCUAAUAUGCACGCCUAGACACGAAGCUGCGCGACAAGUAGGACACAACAGGCUAUCUAGGGCAUAGGAACACAUAUGUCAAUCUCCUAUACAGCAGCCAUGAUUAGCAUACAAUGAAAACAAGGAGAAUAAUACAGGCAGAACACUGUGUUCCUGAAACUAUACACUUUAAGCCAAUGAGACGCGAAUAACGUCAGAUUUCACACAAUAGAAACACUCAUAUCGUCACCAUUAUAUUUUCGAUAUAUUAGCAGUGAAAGAUCUGCAGGGUAUUUUUUGCUAUCACAUAUAGUUAAAGCUCACGCGAACUAGACAGACGAACCUCAGAAUGAAGACAUGUGACGUUCGACUUCACUACGAUGACAGUUCUCUACACGGUUCUCUUCCCUGUUAGGUUUCCACAGGAAACUCAUGAUGGAACCGUCACAGACCGACAAGAAUUUACCGUUAACUACUACCUAUUAUGAAUUCAGUGAUUGACGAAACGAGAUAUGAUCUUACGAAGGAUAGGCAUCCAAGGAUGGGCAAGAUCGUUUCGAGGCGACGAGCGAAAAUCAGGAAUGGCUGUCGUCGUGGCUCGUUCAUUGCCGCUGACUGCCAUUGAAAGCUGUACAGCAAUAUCGUGUAUCGAUAAUGCCGUCUUAGUUUUAAUGGGAACAGCUCACGGGAUGAUCCCUGAUAGCACGAAGAUAUACAUACAUAUCAGGCAUCAAUCACUGACAUCAGACGAUUGAUUCCGCAGUGUAUGAGCUUACACGAAAGAAAAAAACACUAUCUCAAAAAACAACUCAUUAACAAUAUGCUACAACGGUAAGAGUGUUUACCAUUACUAAGUGCUACCAAAUCAAUAGCGAGCGUUUCGAACAGAGUAAUUACUGCUUCUAUACACUGAUUGCAUGAACUAUGGACCUCCGACUGAAACUUGGCAAUCGGAUCCUUCUCACCAGCACGAUAAUGCUCCACAUCAGACACGGCUUAUAUCCAAUAUCAAACCCAUUUGCAUUCGAUCGGAUCUAGUGCAACAGAGCUGAAGAUUUGACCCGUAACGCAUCCUUCUAUAAGGUUGUAUCAUAUAUAUAUAUAUAUAUAUAUAUAAAAUAAUAGAUUAUCAUUAAGCGCAUCAACAACUGCAAGAGCUUUGCCCUCAUAAACGAUAACGAGGAAUUUCUCGCUAGUACUUUAUGAAAUCCUUUCACUAGGAAUACUGUUAUCAACAGGCAAACUCAUAUUCAUUAAGCGAGAUCGUUUACCAUAUCGAACUCUGCCACAACGACGAUAACAGCCAGAGAGCGAGAGAUAUAAUAACACAAACGUGGGAAAUGUCGCAAAAACUAUCAAAAAUAAUCGACCAUUUCUUCAAAGGACACGUUAUCAAUAUCUGUUGAACAAACACACACAGGUGAACGACAGUAAGGGCCUCAGCCUGAGUAUCACAACAGCAAAGGCCAUUGCAUCAUAGGGAUGUUCAUCAGUGAUCCUUGAUUAAUGAUAUUCUCUCAUUAUGAUAACAAUAUUAAUAACAAUUAAUAACUUUGACAAAAAAUCAGAUAUAUAUAUAUAUAUAUACUACAAAUUACAUUAUGUAGGACUUCUUCGUCCCAUUGUAUUCCACGUCUCUUAUUAUUAUGAUCAUUAUCUCUUCAUUCUGAUCAUGUAAAACGGCAAUAUUUGAAUGGCCUAUUAUUCUACUCACAGACGGAUUAGUAUUGUACUGUAAAUGAUGAGGCGGCGCUAUAUAGACUAAAAACACAGAGAUAAAGAAAAGACCGUAAAGAAAAAUAUAAUGUAAGCUUUUCGGCUGAGGGUCACUUCGCACAGUAUUUAGGAAACAGUCAUUUCGAGGGACUUGGGUAUCUUCUUCUGCCAACGAACGUAGCCUACAAGUUGCAGGUAGCUGCCGCCUAACGCGAUGGGUUAUUUCAUUGCUUUGCCAGUAGUGAGUGAGUGAGUGGAACGGAAUAAAGUAAGUCAACGAAAAGCAGGUCUAUAGGCAGUGGUCCUCAGACAGCGCGAUAAAAGCUGAUACGCAGAGAUGUACCCGAUAAACGCUAUCGAGAGGACUGAAUCGGUGCCGGAUGUGCAGAUAUGUGAACAGGAUUUUAGCGGACGUUGGCGAAAACGAAGGCUAGAAUUUGAAAGAUUGCCAGCGUUUCCGUUGAAGCGACCCUCAGUCGAAGAUGCGUACGUACUCACCCCUUAUCACGAAUUGCAAAUAAAUUUGACGAAAUAGAUUCAUCGAAUACCGCGACACGCAAUAACCUAUUUUGGUGAGCUAAGCCGUUCGAGUGUAACACGUAGAAUGUAUAAAUACCUACUGGGAGUGAUUGUAGCCUGAUUUCAACCCACCCAGAACAAUUUAGCACCCGCUAUAAAGACACUAGAGGAAGAAAAACACCGAUUAUCAUAUGUAUCCUUCGUUCUCGAAUUAUACAACAAAAGAGAAAUAGACGACGUAAUGAUAUGAAUAAAACUUGCGUUCGAACAAAUAAAUUUAUUUUUAUCCUUG